AUGGAAAGCUCCACUGCAGAGCUUGGCGUCACAGGAGAAGCAUUGCAGCUACUUCAAGAGUUGAAGAAGCGGCGGCAGGAGUGUUCGCAUGUCAAGCACGUCAACACCCUGCUGCAUCAGGCGAUUGAGCAGCGCCGGAAGGAGCAGGAUCGAGGCAGUCGUGCUAAGGCCAACAUCUUGGGAAGGCUGUCCCGGGCAGAGGCGGCUCGAAUGGCGAGCAAAGCGAGCCAGGUGCUUCGGCUCUGGAAGUUGAGAGCAUUCAGGUCACAGCAUUUGCUGGCAGACCUCUUCCAACACCAUCUGUCGGCAUUCCUCAAGAGGAGGCCUCAGCUAGCCGAAAGCGCUGGCGAUGGUCUUGCGCAGCAGCCUGCUAUCAAGAGCGGCUUCCUGGCUUUUCCGAAGCCCUUCGUGUUUGGCGUCGCCACAUCUGCGUACCAGAUCGAGGGGGCAGCCAACAUGCACGGCCGAAAGCCUUCCAUUUGGGAUGAGUUUUCGCACAAGUCUGGUACGACAAACGAUGGGGCCACGGGGGACAUUGCUUGUGACCACUAUCACCUGUUCAAGGAGGACGUGGCCCUCAUGUCGAGCCUGAAGGUCAAGGCUUACCGAUUUUCAAUCUCGUGGAGUCGAAUUCUUCCAGAUGGAACUGGUCACAUCAAUGAGGAGGGGAUCAAGUUCUACUCAGACCUCAUUGACAGCUUGCUUUCAGCAGGUAUUGAUCCUUGGGUGACUUUGUACCAUUGGGAUUUACCUGCAACGCUCGACUGGCUGGGCCCUAAGGAGCCCAUAACAUCGGCUUUUUCAACAUAUGCUCGCACGUGUUUCAAGCAUUUUGGUGAUCGGGUGAAGAACUGGAUCACACUGAAUGAGCCCUGGUGCAGUGCAGUCUUGGGAUACAAUACGGGCGAUCAUGCGCCUGGUUAUACUGAUGCGGGUGAAUCUGCCGCAUAUAUCGCAGGCCACAACAUGCUGCUGGCACAUGCCGAAGCCGUUCGAGUUUUUCGCGAGGAAUUUGCGGAUCAGGAGGGCCAGAUUGGCAUCUCGUUGAAUGCAGACUGGCGCCAGCCCAUGGAGAGCACCUAUGAGGACAGGCGAGCUGCGCGCCGAGCGAUGGAUUUUUCCCUCGGCUGGUUUGCGCAGCCGGUGUUUCAUGGGGACUACCCGGAGUGCAUGAAGGAAACCUGUGGCGACAGGCUUCCCACUUUCACACCUGAUGAGUCAGCACUUCUCAAAGGUUCCAGUGAUUUCUUCGGUCUGAACAGCUACAGUGCCAAUUUCGCGAAAGUUGCACAGCAGCCCCUCGAGGGCUCUGGCUACUGGAACGACAUUGGAGUUGAGUGGUGGCACACAGAUCCAGAUUGGGACAAAUCUGACAUGGGGUGGCCGAUCGUACCAUGGUCCUUGCGUGAGAUCUUGCUGUUUAUCCAGGAGCUAUACAGUCCGCUCGGCGGCAUUAUCAUCACGGAGAACGGGUGUGCAUGUGAAAGUGAAGAAUCUGCCGAUCUGGAUUGCAGGUCAGAUGCUCUCACCCCGGUUGCGAGGGCUGGUGGCGUCGGGAGGCAGCAGGCUGACCUGAUCUUCGAUGAUCCUGAGCGUGUUCGCUUCUUCAGGGCUCACUUGAGUGCAGUGCAUGCGGCCAUCUCCCGCGGGGCAGACGUGCGUGGUUACUUUGCCUGGUCCUUCCUGGACAAUUUUGAAUGGGCUGAAGGUUAUGCAAAGCGCUUCGGAAUUGUGCGGGUUGACUUCCCAACUCAGGAGCGAAUGCUCAAGUCAUCUGCUCGCUUCCUUGCCAAUGUCUUCGAGGCAAGUGGUCUGGAAGCCCCUUGCAAGGAGGUCCGUGUGAGAUCGUUCCUAGUUUUAACUUCCUACUACCCUGCGCUGCGCAGGUUGCUGAGAAGCUGGCACUUGGCCUGCUUUGACAAUGCCUCGCACGUUCAAGAUGGCUUGCUGGAAAAGCACAAGCUGAUGGAAGGUGUGCAAGCAAAGAUUGACAAUGCCAGACAACAGCUGAAGCGAGACUGCCUCCACAGCCGAACAAAAGGUCUUUCCCUACUGGAAGGUUCUGCGAGGCUACAGGCAUGCCGGCAAGUGAUGUCAUUCUGGGCAGCAGUUGCUGCGGUAGAAGUGGAUCGGCGCAGCCACAUGAGGCUUCAUGUGCUUUUCAACCGAAGCAAUGUGGAGGGUUUCUUUCACAUUUGGGCGGAGUUCAGCAAGAGGCGGCAGCAGUCCACUUCAGCUGAUGGCGUGGAGAAGAUAUCCGAGCGCACGCUUGUAGCAGUGGCGGCUCCGAGGUUGAGAGUCAUGUUGUUGCUGUGGCGCAUGGCAGCUGAUUUGGAAGCUGCCAACAAAGAGACGCCGCAGGUGACGGAAGCAGCUGCGACCCAAGCUCGAGUUGGCAAAACUUUACGUUCUCAGCUGCUGCUCAGGACUGCUGCGCAGCACGUUCGGCAAAUCGAGUGCUCUUUGGUUGCUUCAAGCUUGCGGGCCUGGCGUCGCAACAUCACCGAGUGUGACGAUGUAUCGCUGGCCUGGAAGCGCAAACAGCAGCUUUGUCAACUCGUCCAUAGGCGGAGGCUUGUCGCAGAGCAGCGCAGCUCUGCUUGGCAGGCAGCUGCACACCAUCAACUGCUUUGCCAUUAUUUCGGCAGCUGGGCGACGUGCCUUGCCGCAGCCGCAAAACAGCGCAGGAUUGAUGUCGAAAUAGCGCGGCAUGGCCUCAAAAAGCAAGCCGCCGAAGCUGUAGGGAGACUACAUGACCUGCAAACCGUAACUGGCAGUCUAGCUGGCGCUGCACACCUGUCAUCAGCAAUCCGUCGCAGAACGCGAAUGGCUCUGUCCCUUUGUCGCAAGAACUUGGGUUGCGCAGAGGCUGAGUCGGACGUCUUCGAAAAGCUCCAGGCCGCGCGAGAAUCUUGCGCGAGCCUCGUCAGUCACCGACGCAAGAUGGAGGAUUGGUUUGUGCAGCAGCACCACUCGGUGGUUGCAGCUCGACAAGCUGCACAGCAGGUUGCCAGAGCCUGGGCUUUCUACCUCACGCUCAAGCUUUUUCGAACUGUGGUCGUGUCGUGGCGGAUCAGCACCUUGAAGGCAGCCCUUGAAAGGGAAAGACAGUGGCAGGACAUGCAGCGCAAAGCCAAGGAUACAACGACCGACUCCGUGCUGGAGAAGCAGCGUGCCGCCCAAACCAAAGUUGCACAGGUGAUGGUGAAAUCCUUGGACGAAGGAAGCUUGCGCCUGAUCUUUCUGCGCUGGCACCGCCUGGCCUUCAAGGAGAGGCGCCAGAAACAGAUACUCCUGUUUCGUCAGGAGUCAGAGGCGAGGCUGGAGGUGCGGCGGCAUCAACAGAGCCAGGCUGAGCUGACCACAGCAAGGUACCGUGAGCAUGCUUUUGUCUCGUUCACCGCAGCGGGAUCCGUGGGAUCACCAAGCUGGCUGCGGCUUUUCCUGUGGGAUUGGAGGCGAGCCGUCACAUCUCCCACAUCCAAGCGAAUCCUUCGCCUGUGGCGUAUCAUAGCUUCCAUGGAGAUCUUCAAAUGCAAGCGUUGGCUGUUGGAGUUCUGCGUGCAAGUCUGGGCUGCUCUCACUUGUGGUUCUGCGCUACAGGCAAUGAACUCGGAAUGGCUCCGGAAACGGCAGCACAUUCGCAAGGAGGAGCAGCUUCAAGAAACUCUUUGGGCUCGGCUGACAGCAGGCCAUGUUCAGUGCUUGCUUCACGAUACUUUCUCUGCAUGGCGGAGGUCACAUCAAGCUGAACAAGUAAGGGAUGAGGUUAAACUUGUCUGCGAGCAGUGGAAUGACGAGGAACAGGCGGCCCGGCGGCACCAGCAACGGAUCACGUGGCAACGCUCGUGUCUAAGGUCAUGGGCCUAUCGGUCCAUGACAACUGUGCAGAAUUUCGAGGAUUUGCGGGAUGCUUUCCUGGCAUGGGCACAGGAAAUCCGCUUCGCGAAAGCGGAGGCUCCCCUUGAGGUAUCGUGCAGUGAAGUGCAAAAUGGACCAGAAGCCCAACAGAGAUUGGAAUCGCUCGUGCGCGACAGUUGGAUUGAGAGGAGCUUGUAUGCGAAUGCUCGCCAGCGACGAAAUGGUCACAUAGCUCUUGUGUGGUUCGCUUGGAGGGCAGCUGCGCAGGAGACACGAGUGUCCCGCAAGCGUGAGCGCAGAAAGCGACGUGCUCAUGUGAUCGAGCAGAAGCGAACUUCGGAGUGGCAGAAAUGCACCAAGCGCUUGGUGCUAGACAGCUGGCAAAUGGUCCUGUGUACCAACAGGCGUUUGUGGCUUGAGAAUCGACGCCGAUGGCUGCAGUCGUCGUUAGAGGUCGUUCGACCGGAAAGCGCUCAAGCCAACGAGGCCGAUCUGCGAGCGCUUCAGUCAAGUCUUCAAUCGGACUUUCCCUCCAGCCUGCAGAAGCUGACCUUUGGGAAUCCGAGAUCAGAAGCUCUAGAAGAUCUUCGUAGCUGA